AUGGGUGGAGGUGGAAAGAUCCCGUACCCCAAGGAAGUCUGGUCCCCCGCCGGUGGUUGGUACGCACAGCCCGGCAACUGGAGGGCCAACACUGCGAUCAUGGGCGCCUUCGUUAUCGGUGUCGCUGCUGUGGCCUUCAGCAUCAGUGCGGACCGAGAGUACCGCGACAAGAUGCCCGAGCCCGGCCGCUUCUUCCCCAGCCGGUACUGGAGCCGACAGAUCCGCGAGCACGAGAAGCAGCAAGCUGCCCAGAACCCCUCAUAA